AAAAACCAUUUGCAAAUAUUUUCAGGCCGUCGGAAACUGAGAAGGAGAACCUAAGUGAUUUAUUGUGAUUUCCAGCUUUCAAUUUUGUGAUUCGAGAUGGGGCGAAAACGCGUCGACUUUUUCCGCGAAACAGUAGGUGAAUUGUUGCCGGAUUUGCGGAAAAGUUUGGCUUAUUGGAAAGCUCAAGCUUUUGCCUUGAGGGCAGAAAACGAGCGUCUUCAAGCCGCUUUACACGCCGUUAUUUCUGGAGUACCUUUUGAAAAUGUCUACGAAGCGAAAUUCGCUCCCAUUUCUGCUUUUGACUCGGACGAAAUUCCGGAUGACGUCAAUGAAGAAGAAGAUGAGGAACCAGAAAAUAUUCUGUUUAACAAAGAUGAUCUCUCAGCAAUCGAGGAAGAUCGUGAAGAAACAUUAAAUUCAAAUUUCGUUGAAGUUUCGGAAGAUCAAAAUCCCUCUUUUGUCGAUAAAAUGUCGGCUGCCAGAGCAACGAUCGAAAAUGGAGGCAUAGAUGAGGAAUUUUUGAAAUUUAUUCGAAUUACGAGGGAACACCAGAAAAGAGUUGAGCGGGAGAAAAACGAAUGCGAAAUCGUUCUUGAGGAAGAAAUUUUCGAUGAAUUGGAAAACCUGACUAUCGCCGAAGAACCGGAACCGCUUGAAGAAACAAUUCCGGGCGAAAACGGAUGUUCAUUACUUGGAAACCCGGAACAACGUCAAUUUAAUAUUGGUAGUGUGCUGAAUGGCGAAGUUAUUGGUGAAAUAAAGGUCAAUGCAGAUUCUUGAAAUUUCGCGAAAUGCUGCGAUUCAUUUUUUUUUUGCGUCUGAAACGGCAUUUUGCAGCCUUUUUUGUGGGUGCUUUACAUUCGCAACGCCCAGAGAAUCUCAACUUUCUUGGCCCGAAAAUUUAUUUUACGAUUAAUUGGUGCCUCGGUUAAUGGACUUGAUAUUCCAAAAGGGGUGUCCGCAAAUUUUAAGGAAUGCGUGAUGUAAACCUGCAUGAAAUAGCUGAUCGUCGUCGUAAUUUUCACAUCCUCAGAAAAUCCCUUGCGUGAGUACACUUAUGCGAAGUGAUGUGAUAUGACGAAUCCGUAGGAGAUUGCCUUCAAGAUUUAAUCAACGAAGUUGUACGGAAAAUAAAGCACGAAAAAGUAGCUGAACGCUCGGAAAAAUGCUCAACUGCAACAAGAAGUGUGUUUGUAUUUCUUAAUUUUAUGUGUGGAGACGCAUUGACGAACAGGAAUCACCGGAUCAGGUUUUCCAAUGCUAGGAAUAGACAUAACUGGUUUCCAGUCUAGAAUGAGAAAAACGGAGAUGAACCAUCAUUAUUUCAAGAAAAAGUCAACAGUUGAUCAUUAUCUCUAUCACCGUAUUUACGAAUUCGCCGUUUUCCUUGAAAAUACAGAAUAUGCUCAUUUCCUCUUUGAUUAUUUGGUGCGAAGUCAAUGAUUUUCAAUAUUAUUAAUUAUGUUGUAAUUUCUUCGCGCAAGUAGAUAAUUCCGGCGUUUUCCACGUCGGUGUCUUUUUUUGCCGGGUGUGCGAAGAAGCAGGUGUCGACGAGGCUGUGAUUAAAAGUGUUUACAAUGGA